AUGGAGGGCGCUGACCAUUGUUUCAAGACGGAGAGCUCAGCACCAGUUCAGACGGUGCACAGCGAAGUGCGGAAGGCUUUAAGGCUGAGACUGCAUGUCAAGUCGGUCUCCGAGUCAAUCGGGAAUGAUAUUACCAUGGCGGCUGAUGUCUCGCAGCUCGCAUCCGUGGCCGUCCUACGUACGAUGUCUCGAACCACCGACCUCGACGUCGACAAAGUACUCCGCAUGCAAGGCGGUGAGCUCCUGGCCAGUGGAGACGAAAUAAGCUGGUAUCCUCGCGAGGACAUGACUGCGAUCAAAGAAAUCCUGCAGGGACGAUCAAAGAACAAGCCUUGGGAUUGGUGGAAAGCUCAGGCCAUUCUGCACGGGGUCGCUCAUCAAUCCGAGUACCACAAAAUGGGAGAGCAGUGUGCGGGCGGGUUCCAGUCUGCACUUCGUCAAGUGAUGUAUGGGGACGAACCACCAUCGCCUAUAUUCACCACGAGAGAUGGGAGACCAAGAACCGGCCCUCACUACCACGCACCUCUUCCACAUCGGGACGAGCCAAAUGUCCCUCUCCACCAGCUCUUCGGAGACAUGACUCCAAUGCCGAUAUCAUGCCCACCCUCGCUCCCCGCGAACUUCACGAAUCACACCAGUAACAACGAGCCAGGAGCACAAGUCCAACCAUACACCGCAACGUUGUCAGACCCACAUCCACCACUGUCAGUCUUCGAAUUCGAUCUAACACUCACGCUCGACAACACUACGAACAAAGUCUACGGUGUCUUUCGAAUUGCAGCCAUCGAAGGAGUAUUCGUCAUCCACAAAUACGUACCAAAUCAAGAUUGCACCUUUGGCUACUGGGCCAAGGACUUUCAGAUCAACAAGUCGAAGACUGGCCUUGGGGUCUUGACAGUGUCUGGCCAGGACGGGAUUGAAGGGGAUUUUGCGAACUUCAGCGAGGACGGGAGAAUGGUGACAUUUCGGGCGCGGAUGAGUUCUGACAUCAAGGUCAAUGAGAGUCUAGAGGUGUUAAGGCGGGAAUUCACCUCACUACGCGAUCAGACGACCUUGAGCUCGGCCUUUCACUGCCACGUCGCACAUGACCCGUUGUCGCCAUCCACCACAGGCUUACCUGAACAUCCGCUUGCUUUCCAGGCGAGUACCUCAGCUUCCUGUCCCUCCUUUGCUGCGGAGCUGACAUCUUCAUCAGCAGACUUCGAGAGCACUCAGGGACGACAUUCGCAGAUCUCGUUAAGUAUCGUCCGUCGCAGAAAAAUCUGUGCUUCCGAUCCUACGCUCGCAGCAAUGGCCACCAACCGCGAAAGGGUCAUCGACGGGCUGCUGAGCUUUCAAGGCGGCGAGGUGCUGGUCCAGUGCGGCAAGACCAAACUAUUGGGGCGUGACACGCUUGAAAAGAUCAAGGAGCACUUGAAAUGCAACGUGGUCACUAUGGACGGCAAGGCCGUGGAUGAAUGCUACUAUUGGAUGUCUCAGGCCAUUCUCUGGGGUCUGCACGACUAUAUGCCAGGGAAGAGGAAGACCAAGAACGAUUACAAGAUCUUGUUCUGGGAAUCUCUCCACACGCUGCAAGAUCCGCGUCCUGAGCUGGUUAAAGUAGAACGAAAGAUGAAGAAAAAGUACUACGCUAGCCCGCUUCUUACAAUUACGCCGGAGGUACUAGUUACUAUUAAACAAGAGCCCUUAGAGAUCGACAGUCUGGAAUCAACGCUGGACGUAUUGGAGAUCUCGAGCAUUAAGCAGAAGCACGACGGAGCACAUCUUUCAUCCCUAUCGGCCCAGAAGUCUCCACAUGCAAGCCAGGGCUCUACAACCUCGAGAGCAGGAACGUCAGCCGCUGGUUCGGCUGCAUCAUUGCCAGACAAGCAGCAAUCUUCCUCGACCAAGCACAGUUUACCAGGCACCAUCGUCGUCGGAACAACGGUCGUCUGUAUCGAAGACUCGGCGAUCGUCCACUCAAACCAACGCACCCACCUUAUCGACACACAUGCCUCCUCCUCCGACAAAGGCGAAGCAGCAGAAGUCCGCACGCCAGCAUUCGAUCCGGAUCGUCGAUCCAAGCCCUGA